AAACCAUUUUAAUGACAUUUCUCCACAUUACAGUGUCAUGAAUGGGAUUCCAUACAGAAAUAAUCAGGAAGUAAUUAAAAGCAUGUAUUGAACUUGCUGAGUCAUGUAACCAGCCUCAGGGAGACAUGCAUGAAACGGAACAUGUCACUGUAAAAAAAAAAAGAAAAAAAAGUGAAGUGUCGCAGAGGCUACGGGCCAGGCUUUGGGUUUUUCUUACAGGGAGGUAGCCGCCUACACUGACCUGGAUAUGAGCAGAUCAACAAGGGCAGGAUUGGUCUCUUGUCAUGGAUCUGAUGACAGCACCAACUCGGUGCAGCGUUUAUAAACAGCUGUCUUUAAUCUGGACUGUGGUUGUUGUCGGGCAGCUUAGACGAGCUAUUAGCAUCGUGAUAAACAGUAGCUAUCACAACCCACGCAGAGUGGUUUUGUUAUAACUUCGGUAUUUUUUUUAUUUCCGCCUGCCGCACCCAUCUGUUCGGUGAACGGUGGUAACGUCACGUCAGAGACAUCGGGAUUUGGAUGUGAACCGAAGAACUGGAGCUUCGUUUACGCGAAAUUUAGGAAGUGAACCGGAAGUUGGAUUAUUUUUCUCUUCACACGGCGUCGGCGAUGAAAAAGUGCUUCGAAGUCUAAAGUUUUCUUUUGGAAUUGGAAAAAAGUGGACAUAUUUGUCAAACACCUGUUUUGUUUGUAAGACGGCGUCUCAUUUUUGUUGCUGCCGUGAAUGCUGGAUUUUCACAAGACUUUAUUUUGAAAGCUCCGAGCGGAAGUGGAGCAUGGCCUCGUGCGGGUUAACGCUGACAGGAAGUGGGAUGUGGCCUGAGUGUAUUUAUGUCGCCGUUCAGAAAGUAAAAACCAUUGAAACGGAGCUACGGUAGGACCUGGUGGGACUCGGAGGGUUACGACAUCUGUGCAGUCUGACAGUAAACCUCCCCGUUUGUAAUAAAAAUUAAAAAACAUCGAUAAGUGGAGAAGCUGCUUUCUGGACGACCAUUUUCCCCGUCAAAAACCUGUUCCCAGUCUUAAAUUUGAACUCUGUUUAAUGGAAUGACAGCAUGUUAAUCAUCAAAUCGGCGACUUUUGACCUAUUUUCCUAAACUGGGAACAGCCGUGUCUUAGCUUCACCCGGGAGAAGCUUACCUUCAUCAUCGGGUGAUGAUGAAGUCCUCUGUAACCCUGGAAGAGUUACCCCCUGGCUCGGACAUCGUCCUCCUGAAAGACAGCUCCGGACACAAAGCUCACCUGAACGGCUGUGUGCCACUCUCCCAUCAGGUGGCAGGUCACAAGUAUGGCGUGGAUAAAGUAGGUAUUUUGCAGCACCCAGAUGGAACGGUUCUAAAGCAAGUCCAGCCUCCCCCAAGAGGACCACGAGAAGUUCAGUUUUAUAACACGGUGUUUGCAGAGGACUGCUCUGAUCCCUGUCUUCUAGACCUCCAAAACCAUAUUCCCAAGUAUUACGGCACAUGGUCUUCACCUGACAACCCCAACGACCUUUACCUGAAGCUGGAGGACGUGACGAGCCGAUUCAUCAGGCCUUGCAUCAUGGACGUGAAGCUGGGCCAGAGGAGCUACGACCCAUUCGCCUCGCAGGAGAAACGAGAGCAGCAGAUCAGGAAAUACCCACUGAUGGAGGAAAUUGGUUUCUUGAUCCUUGGCAUGAGA